CUGCGCGCAACAGCAACGCCGCGCCGCGGCCCCGAUCAGGAAGUGAAUUUGAAGAAAAUAGGCGACUGUGGAGGUAGAAUGACAUAGAGGGGGAGAGGUGGGAGAAAAGCAAGCGGCGAAAGAAGAGACUGUCGGUGGGAGGGAUCGACCCUGUUUCUGGACCCGUACUGAGCUGCUUCCCUCUGGGAUAUACUGCACCGCCGAAAAUGCUCAUAAAAGAAUUUCGAGUGAUUCUUCCAAUCUCUGUCGAAGAGUACCAGGUCGGACAGCUGUACUCUGUGGCUGAGGCCAGUAAAAAUGAGACUGGUGGAGGAGAAGGAGUGGAGGUGCUAAAAAAUGAGCCCUACGAGAAAGAUGGAGAGAAGGGACAGUACACACACAAAAUCUACCAUUUGCAGAGUAAAGUGCCGUCAUUUGUCAGAAUGUUGGCUCCAGCUUCAGCUCUCAACAUCCACGAGAAGGCCUGGAACGCAUACCCAUACUGUCGCACAGUUAUCACUAACGAGUAUAUGAAAGAUAACUUCCUGAUCAAGAUUGAGACAUGGCACAAACCUGACACGGGACACCUCGAAAAUGUACACGGUUUGGAUGCAGAAACCUGGAAGAAGGUGGAUGUAGUCUAUAUUGAUAUUGCGGACAGAAGCCAAGUGGAGCCGAAGGACUACAAGCCAGAGGAGGAUCCUUGCAGGUACAAGUCAGUGAAAACAGGACGAGGCCCUCUAGGACCAGACUGGAAGAAGGAACUUCCUAACAAAAAAGACUGCCCACACAUGUGUGCCUACAAACUGGUCACUGUCAAAUUCAAGUGGUGGGGCCUGCAAAAUAAAGUGGAGAACUUCAUUCAAAAGCAAGAGAAGCGUUUGUUCACUAAUUUCCACCGUCAGCUGUUCUGCUGGAUCGACAAGUGGAUUGACUUGAACAUGGAAGACAUUCGUCGUAUGGAGGAGGAGACACGCAGGGAGCUAGAUGAGAUGAGAGUGAAGGACCCAGUGAAAGGGAUGGUGGCUCUAGAGGACUGAGGUUGUGUUGGACCGUGAAUGCUGCUGCUCAUCAGACCAGAAUACCCAGACACCAGCGGAUUCACAUCCUCCUUCUAUUCAAACUGACAUCUGACCGGCUGGUCCAACCCCUUCCAACCCCCACCCCCCGAGUACAGUCUGGUUUUCAGGGACCUGGACCCAGUAAACUCCCAAUUUCCAGCUGAUCUCCUCCACCACAUCCCACCUCCCUUGAGUCUCAUCCAUUUCUAUUUGUUUUUCCAUCUAGUGCCCCUGUCUUAUUAACAACUCUGAGGCCUCUAGUAGCAACAGUAUAGAUCUUGUCAGUCAGUCCUUUCUUUCUCUCUCUCAGUCUCUAAACCUCUCUAAACUACAGAGAAUAGUGUCAUUUAUCUCUGCAAACUAGGAUUUAUUUCUAUUUAAGAUCCCAAUAGUGUAUAUAUACAGUGUACCGUAUAUCGGAGCUGAAUAAUUGUAUUGAAAUAUGUACAUAUAUAUAUAUAUAUAUAUAUAUAUAUAUAUAUAUAUAUAUAUAUAUAUAUAUAUAUAUAUAUAUAUAUAUAUAAACAGGGUUUUUAAAAUGAUUUUGUCUGUAAGUUUCUCUGUGGAUCUUUAUUUUUUUCCAGACCAAGCUGUAUCUGCUCAGUGUUAAGUUUUGAUCCUGUGAUUUAUUUUGAUUUAUUUUUUGAUUUGUCAUAGUAUCUCCUUCUCUCUAUUUGUGUCAUGCUUUAUGCUUUUGUUCUUCAAAUCAAUUUGCAGGUCUACAAAGUGCAGCUGCAAGGUCAGGAUUGUGCUGAGAGUGUUGAGAGGGUUGUCUCUGCUAUGCUCCUGACCUAACAGAUAGGAUUUGUUUCCAGUACCUCCCUUAGUAUGUUGGCACAUUCAUUGGCUUUUCUGCUGCUCCGUGAGUUUGUAUGUGCGCUUCUUUCUGUGUGUGUAUCGGUGUGUAUGUGUGCGUGCAUGUGUGUGUUUCUGUAGCGAUGUAAGGUCGUCAAGGUUUCCUGCCAUUUUUCUUUCACCAGAUAAUUUCUAGCUCUUCAGUUUCAUCGGGCUGAAAGUGCAGUAAUUGAAGAUCACUUCAGAAUUAAAACAUACAGUACGUACAUACACACACAUACCCACACACUUACAAGUAAAAUGUAUCACUCUGCAAAGGGAAAUACACAGAAGACCAGCCAUAAACAAGUCUGUCUCUCUUUUUUCUUUUUGUCUGACAGUCUUUCUGUCUACAGACUUCAUUCUCAUCCUUUUAACUGCAAAACUCAUUAUCAUGGUGGUGACCAUUACCAGCCAUCAUGGAUAUACAGCUUCUCCCGCUUGUAGAUAGAUAAAUGUUUCUUUGAAAGUAAAACUUUAUGUGAUCUGCAUCAAUUUUUGCCCUGUCACCCAUUCUGUCACCUCCAGUGGAUAAAUGGUCUUAUCCAGCGAUAGCAAUAACUACCAUGCCACGUUGGUCUCUCUUCUUAUCAUCGCUAACCUACCUUACUCCACUGUUUGUUCCUGUUCUGGGAACAGUUUUAGCAAAGCAGAGCCCAAGCUGAAAGUCAAGGAUGUUAAGUUGUUGAUUAAUUAUUUAUGAAACGCUGGUUUUAUUGUGUUUGUCUUUGGAUUAGCCGGGUUUUCUCCUGCUGGAAUCUGAAGCCUGUUGUUUGUAAUUGUGUGGUUUUUCGGUAUAUGCAUGAGUGUACAUGAGUGAUGUACAGUAGCGUGUCUUUGAAGAGAUCUGAUGCUGGCUUGGCAAAGAAGGGAGGAAGUAAUAGAGUUCGAGGAGUGAUAACAGCAAUUCUUAUUGACGUCUCUUUGGCCUCUUUUGUCCUUAGUUACUUUUAUUAUCCUCUUUUCCAUCAUCUGUUCGCUUUACCUCCACAUCUUUCAACUGUGUGGAAACUUUAAAGAGCAAGCAACAGAUAGAUAAUGUGAAAGGCAAUACUAUAACACCACUAUAUAACUGAUUUAGGUCACCCGCCUGUGAUUAAUACAUUUGGAUCAACAGAACAAGUGGAUAAUUAUAAUUGUUCUUUUUGUCUAAGCACAAGUACAGAGGUUUGAUUAGUUUGAGGUCCAUAUCUAGAGUUCUGCAUUGUAGGUGUACAUUUUGGACUCUAAUGAGUUAAUAUUAAUGAAUAUAAAAUUGGAUCAACUAUUUUUAUUUUUAAAAAUACAACAGUUUAUGUACACAAUGUAAAUCAUUACAAAGCAAUUGUUAUAAUUAACUGUCUCAAGGCCAGUUUUUAAUUUUAGAAAGUAUACAUUGGCUUAAUAUUUACAUCAUUUUAUGUAGUUGUUUAUUGCUGUAUUUAUUGGUCUGACCUAAGGACAGCUUAUUUUUUGAAAAGUUUGGUCAGUCUGGAGAAGAAUCCAGAAGAAGUGUAUAAUCAGAUAAAUGCACUCUAAUUUUAUAUGAAAGAGCCAAGCAAAUUAUUGUAGUCAAACUAAGAAGAUUCCUGGCAGUUGUAGGAUACUUCAUGAAUCAGGAUAAUACUGGAAUAGUGUCAUUAGUCUAUACAUUUAUGUAAUCUAUAUAAGCCCAAGCACAGUAGUCACUAAAUCCAAAUUCAAAUGUCUUUACCUGCUUUACCUGGCCAUAAGAUACGGCUUGAAAAAGUCCAUUAACAACUCCUCAGGGAAUUAUUGACAACUGUUCAAGCGUAGUUUAGACUUGCUUUGGAGAAACUCAAUUUAUAACUUUAAGAAUCUUCCAUCUUGUGGCAGUAGUUCAUGUCCUUAUAUAUCUGUAUGUCAGAGGUUUAUAAACCCCAUCCCUGCGAGCCCUUUUCUGUUGCCUCCUCUUUAAAGACAACACUGGCCCUGGAUGUCUAACCCUUCCACCUCUCUCUGUGUCCACCAAGCAUCUCACUCACUGUCUGUGAUGGGACUACCGACUGAAUCAUGGAGAUUUGUGGAUGUACUGUAUGUAUUGACUUUGUAAAUAGUAAAUAAAUAAAUGUAGAUGAACACAUAUAUAUAGACCAGACUGUCCUGCCAAAACCUACUGCACACCGUCUUGACAAUUGAUCCCCUUAUUCCAUCUCUAAAUGCUCAGCAUCACACAGACCGGGAAAUGUUAGGACAUAUAGAGCUAUAGUUGCUGAAAUGUAUUGCUGAUAAGACAUUUUUAAAGAAUAUUGUCAGUUGUAGACAUUAAAAAAGGCAUUCUAACAUAUUGUUAUAGAUUAUUUUGCUGCAUAUUUGAGGAUGCUCCAGCAAAGCAGUUAAAAACUGAGUUGCUGUGUGGUUUGUAGUUUGAGGUUAAAAAUAUUAAAAGCGAAGCAAAAACCCCUUUCACUAUAUCCUUUCCUCGUCACGUUCUUCCCUCACCUUUCAUUGGCAGGACAGUGUAUAGAUAUAUAUUUUUGUUCUCAGUGUUGUUGUACCUCUGUUGUCAGUCUCUGAACUACACUUGCGUCUCUCACUGAAAAGGAACAUAUAACGGCAGCUCGGGUCAGUUCGUUGAUCCACAUAAUUAGCUGAUGGUGUCAGCCCUAAGUGGAGCCUCCGUGCAAGUUAGAUAUUGCCCUCCUGUGGUUACUGACGGGGAUCAAGGGGAAACUAUUCUACAUUUAGGAGCAGCUUCAACCGGGUGCUGGAGGGUUGAAGUUUAUAGCUUCACAGGAUGAAAAAAAACAAUUGGUUUGAAAACAGACAGUUGGUGCAUUUUAAGAGCCUGAAGAUACCAUACAAACUUGUGAGAGAUCAUGGUUUAACAGAGAUAAUCUCAUAGAUACCUGUUGUUAGAUUCCUCGAUAAUCAGAAUAUGAAACCAAAUGAUUCCACAAUCCCAAACUGUUUUUAAAAUCGCUAAAUCUCUCCCUUUCUCUCUCUUUCUCUUACUCUCCCUCUCACUCCCGUUAACUUGUCCCCUGUUUUUCUUUCUUUUAUUGUGAAUUUGUGCCUUUUUGUCAUCUUAUCUUCCAAUAACACUACUGUACAUUGGAGACGUAAAGAAACGAAUAAAAAGAAGCAAAGCAACUGUA